AAUUUUUUAAUAUUUUUAGAAAAUUUAUUUUUUUUGGAAUGAGCAUACAAGUUAUAAUGGAAUUGAGGAGGAAAGGCGGUUGUUUUUUGACUGGAGAAGAUGUUGAAGUUGAGGUAACAUUCAAAAAUACCCAUCAAGAAUUGCCCAAAUCAAUAGCUUGGAGUUGUGUUCAAUUAUUUUGUGAAGCUUCCUCUCUUAACGAUAAAGAAAGUAUAAAAAGGCAGAGGCUAAAAACUUCUUUUACAAAAGCAAAAAAUGCAAUUUUUGCUUCGGAUCCAACACUUCUUUUUUGUGAUAUAAUAAUUAAUCCUGGAGAAGUAAAAAAAUUUGAAGCAAAACAUUUGAUACCUUUACUUGAUGUUCCGCCUAGUUUUAAGGGUCACUACAAAAAAUAUUUUUGGUAUAUCUCUUGUGCUGCUCAACAACCAGAAUCUCCAUUAAAAAUGUCACAAUUACCAAUUAAAGUAUUAAAUAUAGGUGUUGAUGUUGAAGAACCACCAAUUGAAGUUGAAGAGACUCCUAAAGAAUUGCUUGAUUGUCCAGAUUUUAAAUUGGAGUUGCCAAGGCUAUCAAUUGUUGAAAUUGCUAUGGCUAAAAUUCAAGAAAUUUGUUCUUCACGGAAGAGAAGACUUUAUGAAAUUGGUAAUUCUGGAACAAUAUUUGCAAAAAUUACAAUGUUAAAAAAUACAUUUAAAUUGGGUGAUGAUGUAAUUGGAAGGUUAGAUUUUCCUCGUGAUGGGAUCAAUUGUCUUCAGACUUUAAUAAUUGCUGAAACUGUCGAAACAAAUUUAUUGGAUGAUUCAAAACCUGAAAAUUUUUGUUCACAUUGUAAAGAGCAUUCAAUUACUGCAUUUAUGGAACAAACUUAUUUUAAACUAGCCUUGCCUAUGACUGCUGUGCCAUGUUUUACUACAGAAUUUGGUUUGCUUUAG